CAGCAAGUACUUCUGCCCUUCUGUUGCUGUGGUGUUAAACCUUACACCUGAUCAUCUAGAAAGGCACGGAACAAUGAGGGAUUAUGCACUGACUAAAUGCCGGUUAUUUUUCACAUGACUGGUGCCAAGCUUGGGCUUCUUUGUUUUGGUAUGCACUUUGUCAUUCUCUGAGUAAAUGUAUUUUGGGUCUAAAGAACUUUUCUGAAGUUAUUCCUGACAUCCAUUGUUAGCAAUUUACCCCAUCAUUGCAGUUUUAUUAAUAGGUUCCUAUUAGAUUAUAGGUAAGGCACGAAAAAGUGAGUUUGUGUGGUUGGGUUAGACAUCAUGCAUGAUGACUAAACCCGUUUUUCUGAUAGCAAGAUUAAACUAGGAAUGGAGAACCUGUGAAGUCGAAUGCUUAGAUUUUUUAUUUUUUUUCCUCUUCUUUUUAAGAAACAAAUUCUCAGGUUUCUAUAUAACUGAUUUUAGAAAAGAAAAUUGUUAGGUUCCUUAAAAAUGACCUCAAUGCAGACCCUGAAGGUAUACGGAUGUUGACAUGUAGAUGAACCUUGAUCACAACAAUACGUUUUACUUUCUUUCUUUGGCUUAAAAAUCUACUUCUAAAAGUGAUAUUGGGAUGACUUCUCUUUCCGAUUAGCUGUGGUUUCUGUGAUACUUAAAGAGAGGGUCUCCUAAGUCCAUUGGAUUAUCUCCCGGAGUAAUCCUAUGGCCGCUCUUUCUUUGGCCCCAUCCUGUUUGGAGAAUGACCCUUAUGCCAGCUUAAUCAGUUAUUCUCGCAGUUGAGAUAAGAUUCGGACUGCCACUCUCAUCCAUUCAUUGAGUGAUCCCUAGCUCUCACAUUCAAGUGUUUGCUCGUCUUUUAGGCCGGUGAUCUCAGGUCGGGGAUAGGGAAUGCAAGUUGGUCAAUGUAGAUCUAUUUCGUGUCAGGAAACCAGUACUUAGAUGAAGCAAUUGUUGAAAGCUUGAAUGAACUUAAUCUUGCCUGGAUAGGAGCCAUUCCAGGGUAUAUGUUUCUGAUGGCUUUUCCUGCAAUCUAUUUCAGGAAACCAGUACUUAGAUGAAGCAAUUAUUGAAAGCUUGAAUGAACUUAAUCUUGCGUGGAUAGGAGCCAUUCCAGGUGUGAAAAUUGACAUGGAGACAAAAAUUGCAAGCUUUGAAGUGCCUGCAUUGGGAGUCAAUUCACAACUACAAUUGGGGGCAAUGAAAACGAUGGGGGGACACAACUUUCACAAUGCUGCGGUGGCUGUUCUGUCUGUUGUUGGACUGAAUGUUGGAGUUGAUGUUGAAGCGAUAGGUCCAUGUAUUGAAAAAUUAAGGGCACCACCUCAUCGUAUGCAAAUUGUAUGCAAGGAUAUCCAUGGAGUAACCUGGGUCGAUGACAGUAAGGCAACAAAUGUGGAAGCAACAUACGCAGGACUAAUGGGUCUAAAGAAACAAAAGUCUGUGGUUCUACUUGGGGGCCUUGCGAAGGUGUUAGAUGGACAAGAGUGUAAUGGUUUUGAACGAUUGAUAGAACCUUUGAAGUACCAGAGAUGUGUAAUCACGUUUGGGUCUUCCGGAAUGCUGAUUAAGAAGACGCUGUCUGAUAACGGUCUUAGCAUUCCCUGCAUCAGAGCCGUAAAUCUUAAGGAAGCUGUCAACUGGGCUAGGAGUAUGGCAGAACAUGGGGACAGUAUUGUAUUAAGUCCAGGUUGUGCAAGCUUUGAUGAAUUUAGAAAUUUUGAGCACAGAGGAAUGUUUUUCCAGGACCUAGCAUUCACAUACGUAUCUGGGUAAAAUUUUCCAGCCAGGAUGCAUAUUUCGUAUCUGAGCUCGAAAAUUUUUAAUCCUUCGAUCUGUACUAGUAUUGUAAGGGGCAUUUUCCCCAGCUGCUCUCUCCUUUAAUGUAUUUUUGGCAAUGUUUUCGACAAUUCAUAAAUCAAUCUUUUUCUUUUGCCUCAGAACA